AUGUUCAAGCACGGCCUGCGCACCUUUGCGACGACGGCUCUGCGUAGUGCAGAGGCUUCGACUGCGUAUAACACAAAGGUGUCCUCUGCUCAGGGAUGGGUUAAUGGUCUCACAGAAGCAAUUGGCAACACGCCAUUGAUUAGACUCAAACGGCUUUCGGAAGAAACAGGCUGCAACGUUCUUGGAAAGGCCGAAUUCCAAAACCCCGGUGGCAGUGUCAAGGAUCGUGCUGCGUUAUACGUCGUCAAAGAUGCCGAAGAAAAGGGCCUUUUGCGCCCAGGUGGUACUGUGGUAGAGGGUACUGCAGGAAAUACUGGUAUCGGUCUUGCUCAUGUCUGCCGAUCAAAGGGAUACAAACUCGUCAUCUAUAUGCCCAACACGCAAUCGCAGGGCAAGAUUGAUUUGUUGCGAUUGCUGGGCGCCGAGGUUUAUCCCGUCCCAGCUGUUGCGUUUGACAACCCACAAAACUAUAACCACCAGGCUCGACGACAUGCAGAAUCUCUCGAUAAUGCAGUCUGGACCAAUCAGUUUGACAACACCGCAAACCGGCAGGCCCAUAUUGAGACUACUGGGCCUGAGAUCUGGGCUCAAACCGAGGGUAAAAUUGAUGCAUUUACCUGCGCGACAGGAACUGCGGGUACCUUGGCUGGAAUAACCCGCUACUUGAAAACUGUCAGCGACGGCCGUGUGAAGAGCUUCCUUGCCGAUCCUCCCGGCAGUGUCUUGCACAGCUACAUCCAAAGUGGCGGCAAGCUCGCUGAGCGGGCUGGCGGAAGCAUAACGGAGGGUAUCGGCCAAGGCCGUGUGACAGAUAACCUGAAACCCGAUAUUGACCUAAUCGAUGAUUCACUGCACAUCAGCGACGAGAAAAGUAUUGAAAUGGUAUAUCGCUGCUUGGAUGAAGAGGGACUGUAUCUCGGUGCUAGCUCUGCAUUGAACGUUGUUGCCGCCAAGGAGGUUGCCGAGAAACUGGGCAAGGGUCACACCGUCGUUACAAUUCUGUGCGAUGGCGCAUAUCGUUACGCCGACAGACUUUUCUCCGAUAAAUGGUUGAAGAGCAAGAAUCUUCGUGGUGUUAUUCCCAAGCAUCUGGAGAAGUAUAUUGUACUACCUUAG